CUAGGUGGUUCGAUUGACCGACAUUUGGGAAAAUUGGUGGACUUUGCCACAAAACUGGGACAGAUGAUAGAAAAGAGUGAGGAGCAUGACAGGUGCAAGGUCGUGGAUUCCAGGAGUAGACCUUUGGAGAAUACUGUUGAAGAGGUGCUAGAGCAGCUUAAAACAGAGGUGGUGGAAGACCAAGUAGAGAAUCCUGAAGCUAAAAUGGAAAUGGAUGAGCAGCCUCUAGAGAAGGACCAGGUUGAGCCACAAGUGGAGAAAACUGGAGAGAUGUGUGAAGAAGAUCCUGAAGAGAAGAAUAGAUUUGAGGUGGUGGAGAAUGAAGCAGAGAAGACUGUAGAGACACCGGUCGAGGAGGUGUUUGAGCCGACAGUCCCUAUGGUGAUACACUAUACAGACCCAAAUACCACUUUUGAGGACAUUAUGCAGAUAGCUCAUGAGGCUACUACAGCUGCUAAUGCCGAGGAAGAAGACCCACCGACAAGGGAGGAAGUUCUAGAGACGACUACUCAUGAUGUGGUGGAGCCGUUCUCCCAACUUGCAGAGAUGGGAAUGUUGCCUACAGACGAGGAGUUGGUAGAAGCGGCUUGUAAUAGCGCUGAGAGGAGUCCAGAUGUGAUUAUCACGCAUGAGACGACUAUGAAUGAAGAGGAACAAGAACGUAUGUACAACUACACACCUGAGGAAUGGCUUGCAACACUAAAGACCCCAGCGUUCGAGAGUUCGAAGAAGAACCCAUAUGCUUCUUCAUCAAUAUAUUAUUUGUCGAAGGAUGUGUCGACAAAGCUCGACCCAGUUUCUCGUCGUAUGGUUGAGUUCGUCUUCAGUACCCCUGAGGGUAAGGGCUUGGUGGUGCACACUCCUUCAAUUAAACUCGCCCGUCUUCAUCUGUUGACAUUGAAGCGAUUAGAGUGGGUCAAUAUCCAAGUGGUUGAGGCUUAUGGUCAUUUCUUGAAUGACAAAGCACUUGCUCCUGACAAGAACAGAGUUAUCUUUCCGUUCACCUUUGGUCAACUUGCCAUCCUUAAUUCUCAGACGAGUGUGCCCUCGUCCAAGGAGAGACUCGAUGUUGUCGUUGAAGUGACCCAGCGGGUUCUAGUCUUCAAACGUGUUGCAUGGGACAAAUUAGAAUAUAUUUUCCCCCCUGUGCAUACAGACCAUCACUACCGGGUCUACGCUGCUGAACUAAGGAGCCAGAAGACUUUCCUUCUGGACAGCAUAAAACCCAAGCCAGCAGUGGCCAAGGUGGAUCACAGUCCCGUGGGGAAAUUGAUAUUAGAGUAUGGGGCUCCUUUCCUUGCAAAACACAACAUCAAUGCUCCCUUGCAUGAUUGGGAAUUCUUAAUUGCGGAUGUUCCUCAACAAAAAGGAAACGAUGAUUGUGGAGUGUUCGCAUGCAUGUUCAUGGAGCACUGGGAGGGUCACAUUCCAUCGGAAUACAAGGAAACUUGGCACUUGGCAAAGCACGUGGAGCACCAGGGAGCAUCCAUUGCAGGCAGUCUCCUUCAAUGGAAAUACAACAAAGUAAGGAAUGUCAUACUUGAGGAGGCAAAUGAGUGGGAAAAAGAUAAGGAGAAAGGGAAGAGUAGCUGAAACUUACCUCCUUAUGUUUCAUGGGACAUAUGUUGAUGUUACGGUAUUAAGGUGAUUGGGUUGUUUUGGGAAGUUUUGGAGAAAAGGAGAAACUAACUCUAUCCUGAUCCCUCGCUUUAUUAAUUUAAGGUGAUUGUGUUAUUUUGGUAAUUUUUGGACAAAAGUAGACACUAACUAUGUUGAUUAAAUUGCUCGGUUUAUU